AUGAAAGAGUCGGUACAGGCCUGCUUUUUCAAGUGCGGAUCCUUCAUCCGUGAGCUCCAUGACCAUUCCCAAGCAAUGCUGGAUAUUGUCAGCGGCGAUGGAGUCUGCUCCAAACUGAAAGUCCUAAAGUUCUACGGCCCCAUAGACAAGGAACCCGGCGCCCAAUACAUGGAUCCUGCCGGAAAGGAUUCCAAUCUUUGGGACUUUGUACAUUCAAAUAAGGAUCUGGAGACCUUGCGGUUCGGAAGGGCUAUCAAGAGGUUGCUGGAGAAUGGGAAUGUUUUGGUGUGCAGCAUUGUUCUUCUUUCGCUCAAGAAUCUUGUCACUCUGCAAGACUACACAAGCGCGCUGGAGCCGGCUGUGAUUCUGGAACGGUUCUCGAAUUUCAGGAGCUUUCUCGGGGACGGGAUUGAUGUUUUACAAGGCCCUGGACUUGGAUGCCCAUAUUCAGAUUUGGACCCACGCGACAUUGACCAUGAGCUGGCAGCCUGGAUAUUCCCGCUGAUGCCGCAGUUGACGGAAUUCCGCGCCAAAGUACUCUAUCUAGAAACCGCCUAG